UGCACGUGUUUAGUUCAUAAGAAAAACUGUUGGAGUCAGUGUGUUACCGCUGACGCUUGAUUGUCAGACACCGGUGAGCGGGCCCAAUAACUAAUUACAGAAAGUGAAUUAUAAAUUUUUUUUUAUAAAAAAUGAGUGUUAAUCGUGAAGGUGUUAAUGCACUUCGUUUCAAAGUAUGCACAAAAUUUUUAAACAUAGGCUGCUGUUUAUGUUGUUCCCUACGAUUGUGUGGUGUAGAUUUUACAAAACAAAAACUAGAACCAGAAUGCUUAUUCGAACAGGAAAAACUCAACUAUAUGGUAGAAUCUUGUAUAAUUUGCCUGGGAAUAUUACAAGUGGAAUUUUUAACUUCAUGUAUUAAAGAAUUUCAAAAAAAUACAGAAUUAUCUAAAUAUGAUUCAGAAAACAUCAAAAUAAAUGUUCGCAUUCCAGCUUCAGUUCAAAUUAGAGAACGUAUGGUAGUUAAUUUUCUAUUAAAACAGCAUUCGUCAAAAAUAUCUUUAAGUGAGUUUUUGAAAAAUAUUCAAAACGUGAAAACUGUCUGGAAAUGGUGUUUACUUAAACUAAUUCAACGAGUGAUAAGCAAACAGAUAAAAGAAUCCCCACUCACACUCGAUUUUUCAAUUUUAUAUUGUAACGAAGAAAAGGAGAUGAACGACAUGUUUACCUGUUUUACUCAAGCAAAGAAUUGUAUCAACAUCAAUGGAAAAAAACUCAGAGAUGCCUCCAAAAAAAAUAUUUCAAGUUUGAUUCCCUCCAUGUCAGAUGAAGAUUUUCAAGUAUGUUUUCCAAGUCUUCCUAAUAAACCUGGUAAAGCCGAACUGUCUAAACAGAUAACCUUGAAACAUGAUAGUAUUUACAUUGCUGAUUUGUAUUUUGUGUACCUAUUUGGUCGGCAACAAGAAUAUAUAAGCUCGAAGUAG